AUGGGACUUAGCUCAGAAAAUAAAUCCACUUCUCUCACCAAAGAUUGUGCCUACUUACGACAGCAAUGUCUAAGUGGGCGAACCACAUGCGGACGUGCUUGGAGAGUAGUGGAAGAUGCCUGCAACGUUUCAGAUCCAGGUGAUUCCUGCAAGAUCACUAAUUCAUCACAUUGCAACCUGACAAUCCAGUUCUUAAUGGAAAGCAGUUUCCAAUUUAAACAGUGUGUGUGCACUGAUGACCUCUAUUGUACUGUGAACACAUUGUUUGGAAUAAAAUGCAUCAAUAAGUCAGAUCACAUCAAAGAGGACAAAACAUUCACAUGGAACCUGAUCGCUCCUUCCCACCAUGGACUCCAAGGGAUGCCAUCCUGUUUGGAAGUCACAGAGGCGUGUGUGGGCGAUGUGGUCUGUAAUGUGCACUUGGCCCCUUACCUGAAAGCCUGCUCGGCCACGGGAAAUCUCUGUGACCCCGACCACUGCCAGACGGCCACAAGGUCCUUCUACCAAAGUGCUCCGUUUAAUGUCGCCCAGAUGCUGGCUUUCUGUGACUGUGCUCCAUCUGACGCACUGUGUCAGCAGUCCAGAGACGCUCUCCACAGCAAGCCCUGCACCCGGAGGACGGGCCCAGCCCCUACCUGCCUCAGCACAGUCCACAGCUGCCGCGACGACGAGUUGUGCAGGAGGCGUUACAGGACGUUCCAGUCCAAGUGCUGGCCGCACGUGGCCGCCAAGUGCCAGGACGACGACCGCUGCAUCCGCACGCUGGGCAGGCGGGACCUCGCGUGCUCGGGCACUGAGGCCUGCAGGGCCGCCUACCUCGGCGUCCUCGGGACCGAGCUUCAGGGCGGGUGCACCUGUGGGGCCGCUGCGCCAAAUGAAGAGUCUUUGUGCGAGAUUUUCCAGCAGCUGCUCCACAGACAAUCGUGUUUCAAUUAUCCAAUCCUGUCGAAAGCCGAAGGCGUCCCACUGUACAGAGGAAAGCACGCGAAGGACAUUGCUCUGAGUGGCCUGCAUCCGGCCAUCGACGGAGAAGUAAUCUAUGCUGUCAUGUGCAUGACAGUCACCUGUGGAGUCCUUGUCCUGGUCAUGCUCAAGCUGAGACUCUCCAGAAUUUCAAGAUGCGCGGACGCUCUUCUGCAGAACGGCUGCUCUGAGAACGGCGCUUGCGUUGACCCUAAGCGGCGGCUGGUGGCCCCCAAAGCGACGGAAGAGCGUCCCCUGGGCGGCGGGAGCAGGACGGAGCCGGGCCUUGCGGGACACUGCGUUGGCGCGGGCGGGCGCCCGACCGGAGCGCUGAAUCGCCGGGUGCUCCGACGCCACGCGGGCUGA